AAGAAAAUUCGAGUGAGGAGGAAAACCAUUUUCUGCAAGAAUAUUUGCUAGAAAUGUGGAAAUUGAGAAACCGAACGCGCAGAUGUACUACGAAAAUUUAAUUGAAAGAACCAAUAUUGAUGCAACUACGGACAUGUUGCGCUCCUACAUAGCUCCGGUACUGGAAGCAGAUGUACUAUAUAACAAAGCUGAGAAGUGGCGCAAAUCGACGGGCGCUGGGAUAGACGUCGGUGAUGAUUCCACGAUAAAAGAAAAACUUUCACAGAUUAGUACAAAUUAUGAACACUUUUCGGUUCUAUUUGGCAGUAAAUCCGAAGCCAAUUGUGUUAUAGAGACGUACAACCUUGAUGUGCUACAAUACUGCAGCCAUUUUACAGAAAUUGUAGAGGUAGCGGAAAUAGCAGCCGAGUUAUCACAAUAAUCUGUGGAACCAUCGUGUACACUUUACGAGAAAACAGAACAGACAACAGUAGGAGCAGUGGUGGCAACAGUUCUUUUUACCUUUCCGUCGUUCCCUGAAAAAGUGAAAAAACCUGCUCGAAAGAAUGUUCUAAGUGAACUUAAAAAUAUACAUACAUAUGUAAGUAUGUAAAUAUGUACAAAAGAAAAGUGAACAGUUUUUUGGGAAUUGAAAUUGAAAAAGAAAAGUUAAAUUUGGAAAAGUUAAAGCUGGAAUUCUACAGAGAAAAGUUAGAAAAGAGAUUGAAAUAAAAAAUGGAAGAGCAAAAAGAAAGUCUGGCAAUGAUUGAACUAAAGUCUAAUUAUAAUAUAAAACAUAAUUUUAUAUGCUAUUGUCAUGUUUAAUAAUUCUUUAAGAAUGUACAAAUGUAUCUACAGUGGCUCAAAGUUAUAAUGGAACAGUAUGAAUAAAAUACUUUUAUCUUAAAUACAAAAAAA